CAAUGUUUGCCUAUACUGACAACUGGAAUUGUUCUAUUGGUAUUGUUUAAAUGACGCUGUAAGCCCUGAACACAGCAGUUAUUAUAGCAGUGUUUGCAAGUGGUGACCAUACUAUUUCGAUGGGUUCAUAGUCAGACCAUGGUGUAUCGUGCUGACAACAAAAAUGAUCGUAAACAGAGGAUUUGGUGCUUCAAUUAGCAAGAGAACAGUCCUUUGGGAGAAUAUUCCACGGAAAAGAGACACGGAAAGUUCAUAACAUGUCUUUCGCCCGUAUUGACUUAGUUUCACACGUUAUUCCCAUCAACAUAUUCCUUGUUCUGAACAAUGUAUCGGUUUUGAUGUAAAUUAAUUACUGGGAAACAUGAAGUUCUGAGUCGGCAAUAAUGUCACAUUACAAUUCAUUUACAACGUGCUAAUACUUCUUUUUAGGUGAAAGGCCACGGAUUUACAACCCGUAAUACGGUGUUUCAUGUCAACAUUGUACGCAAUAUUCCAUAGUUUGGAAUGCUUAGAUUAUGUAUACACUAAUGGUAGAACUGUCAAACAAAUGGGCCUUAUAUUACAGUUUCAUCUAGCUUAUGCCAAUUAUUGGCAAUCAUGAAGUCAGCUUAGUUGUUGCCCUAUAAGUGGUUACUUAAAUGUCAUAGGAAAGGCCUGGAUUCUGCAUACCACAUAUACAAUCAAACGCUAAUAUAGCCAGGAAUUAUGACUGAACAAGAGCAAAGAAACAGAGUUGUAUUUCUCGGCGCUGGCGGUGUCGGGAAAAGCUCCAUUUUGAAAAGGUUUCUGUUCAACACCUACAGUGAUACUUACCUCGAAACAGUUGAAGACUUGUAUGCUAGGGAAUACACUAUUCAAGGUGCGGAAGUAAUAGUGGAUUUUCUGGACACGGCAGGAAAGUUGGUAUUUCCGGCAAUGAGGCGCCUUUCGAUUACAACAGCCCAUGCCUUCAUACUAGUAUAUUCGGUAACUAGGCCUGAGACUUUUGAAGAGGUCAAACGAUUGUGGGAAGAGAUCAAGGAAGCUAGAAGUAAUUAUGAAGACUUGCCGUGUGUUGUUGUUGGUAACAAAGUUGACCUUGAGGACAACAGGCAAGUGGAAAAAUUCGACGCUUUAAAUUGGGUGUAUAACGAUGAAAACUGUGGGGCGUUCGUGGAGGUCUCUGCUAAGAACGGUGAAUGCAUUUUAGACGUCUUCAAACUACUGAUGGAGAAAGCAAAGAACCCAAGAGCAAAGAUAAAUGAACCUUUUAUGCCGCGCAGAUUGAGUGAACAUUCCCUGGAGGUGCAAUCCCAGGCAGAGGUCAGUGCCGAUAAAACUAGUGAAAAUGGAAGCAAAUUUAGUCGAAGCAGAAGUCUUAUUCGCCGAGGAAGUAAGCCAAAGACUCGAAAGUCUCACGCCCGUUCGCAGCACCGACAGGACUGUGUUAUUUCAUAGACAUUUUUGAUUGUGUAGCUCUUGAGUAAUGAACGACGAAAACUAAAUAUUGUCUUCUAGCGGUUUUGACACUACAUGCAAUGUGAUUUAAUAAAGUGGUACGUAAUCAAUUGGAUGCUUUUAUCAGCAUUUC